UUGGAUAUGGCUGUCGAAGCUCAAAAGCUCCAGCAUUUUCUAUUCCUUCCAACAAUAUGGAAAACAGAAGAUGCAAAAUAUUGCCAACCAUGUUGUUUAUGUCCCUCUUUAUCCUCACUUCUAUGUUUAGCUCCUCUCUAGCCAUCGCUGAGCCACUGAUCACUCCUUCAACCAGUAAUGCAUAUGUGAAUGAAGAAAGUGACUUGGAGACUUAUAUUGUCCUCUUAAAGCAACCAGAAGGAGAAUUGUUCACAGAGUCCAAAGAUUUUGAAAGCUGGUAUCGAUCAUUUUUGCCAGCUGACACUUUAAACUCAAACCAACCACGUUUGCUUCACUGCUAUCGCCAUGUGGUUACUGGGUUUGCUGCAAAACUUACAGCAGAUGAAGCAAAGGCAAUGGAAAUGAGGGAAGAGUUGCUGUUAGCCCGGCCUCAGAGGAUGGUGCCUCUACACACGACCCACACACCUAGCUUUUUGGGUCUCCAGCAAAAUUUAGGAUUUUGGAAAUCUUCGAAUUAUGGCAAAGGAGUGAUUAUUGGAGUCGUGGACAGUGGAAUAGCGAGUGAUCACCCUUCUUUUAGCGGUAAAGGAAUGCCUCCUCCGCCAGCAAAAUGGAAAGGGAAAUGUGAGUUCAACGCAACACUGUGCAACAACAAGCUUAUUGGUUUGAGAAAAUUCGACGCCACCAGUAAUGACAUGUUGGACAGGGAACAGCAUGGGACACACACUGCUGGCACAGCAGCUGGAAGUCCGGUGAAAGGUGCCAAUUUGUUUGGGCAGGCCAAUGGCACUGCGAUUGGCAUGGCACCAUUAGCCCACUUGGCAAUGUACAAAGUUUCUGCCUUAGAUAACAAGGCCGGCGAGAGUGAGAUACUGGCUGCAAUGGACGCUGCCAUCGAUGAUGGAGUUGAUGUGCUUUCACUUUCCCUUGGUCCUGGUUCUCAUCCUUUCUAUGAUGAUGCCAUUGCAACUGGAGCAUUUGCUGCUAUUCGAAAGGGGAUAUUUGUCAGCUGCUCAGCAGGAAAUGAAGGGCCUCUUCUUAGAACUUUGUCAAAUGAGGCACCAUGGAUUCUAACUGUAGGAGCAAGCACGUUGGACAGAGAAAUAAGAGCAACAGUGUUGCUGGGAAAUAAUAAAGAGCUACAUGGCGAAUCUCUUAUUCAGCCAAAACAUUUUCCUCCAUCAUCACUGCCACUUGUUUAUGCAUCCUGCGAAAAUGGAUCAUUGAAAAAUGUUGAUGUCAAAGGCAAGAUAGUGUUCUGUGAAGGAGGGUCUGAAACAGUUUCCGAAGGCAAAGAGGUGAAAAGAAAAGGAGGCGCUGCCAUGAUUGUAAUGAAUUAUGAGUAUCAAGGCUCUGUUAUCACGCUUGAUUAUGAACAUCAUGUGCUCCCUGCAUCACGUGUGAGUUACAUGGCAGGCUUGGCAAUUAAAGCCUAUAUAAACUCUACAUCGUCGCCGACUGCUACAUUCUUGUUUAAAGGAACUGUAACUGGUGUAUCGGCUGCUCCUCAAGUGGCCUGGUUUUCCUCGAGAGGUCCUAGCAUCGCAAGUCCUGGGAUCUUGAAACCUGACAUUAUAGGCCCUGGUGUGAACAUUUUAGCUGCCUAUCCAGUUUCAGAUGAUCAUACUACCAACAGGUUUGGUAUGAUCUCUGGUACCUCAAUGUCCUGCCCUCAUCUUAGUGGCAUUGCUGCUCUACUCAAAAGUGCCCACCCAAACUGGUCACCAGCCGCUAUAAAAUCUGCCAUCAUGACCACUGCUUCUUUGUAUAACCUUGGAGGCAAGCCUAUUCCUGAACAAAGAAAGUAUCUUCCGGCUACUGUCUUUGACAUUGGUGCAGGCCAUGUGAACCCAUCAAGAGCAAGUGAUCCAGGGCUUAUUUAUGACCUCAAACCUGAUGAUUACGUUCCUUACUUAUGUGGUCUUGGUUAUUCUGACAAACAUGUAGGGCUAAUAGUGAAGCGCAACGUGAAGUGCUCAAAUGAUUCAAGCAUUCCUGAAGCUCAGCUGAAUUACCCUUCAUUUUCUAUCGAAUUGGGUUCUACUCCACAGAUAUAUUCAAGAGCAGUUACAAACGUUGGCAAGCCCAACUCAGUCUACUCUCUUCUCAUCUCUUCACCUAAAGGCGUACGUGUUAAGGUAACCCCUCACAGUAUUAGUUUCAGUAGGCUGAACCAGAAAGCUACAUACUCUGUAACAUUUGCCAGAAGUGGGAAUGCUAGAAGAUCCUUUGCUCAGGGUUACCUGAAAUGGGUGGCUGAUGGAUACAGUGUUGGAAGUCCAAUUGCUGUCUUAUUUAAAUAGGCAGGCAUAAAUGUAAUUGGCUAUGGAUAUGAAGUAUAUGUGGAAACUUUACUCUGCUUCUGAAGGAGGGGAAAGUUUCAUAUUAACUAUCUCAGCAAUAAAGUUAUUUCAUAAUCUCAAA